AUUAUUUUUUUUGUAAAUCAAUUUUUUGUUAAACUUUUAAAUUAAAUUCAAAUCCAGGACGCGUCUGUCAAAUACGUUGCCGUGGCGACGAAUUUUUGACAUGUAAAUAAUCAAAUAUUUUAGGUUAAAGUUCAGGGGUAAAUUUCAAAUGUUAUAAAACGUAGAAAAAAAAUGAUUCCACAAACACCACCAGGCAAGGCAAUCCCUCAGGCUAACAGCAAUUUCUCUCCUGUUAUACUUCCAAAGAGUCCAGCUGCAGCUUCUCCGCAUAAGAAUUUGACUGGUUUACCUAGAGUGGCUCGUGAUAUUGCAGCGGAUCUAUACAACAAUAUACAGAAAUGGAAUGAGCAGCAUUUGACUGGAUCAAAAGUGGUGCAAAAUAUUGCAACUGUCAAGGCUGACAGUGAAGUGCUGUAUCCUGAGGAUUUGGAGGAGCAAAUGAAGAUGCUAUUUGAUAUAGUUCAAAAUCUUUCCAUUUACUCGAACGCCUUGGUGUUCCUUUCAUCGCAAAUGCAGGCCUUAGUGAAAUUGCAUAAAGAGAAAACGCCAUUGUUUAUUUCUUUGACUGUGGAACAGUUGGCUGAUUUGGUUAAAUCAAUCUCUGACGCUUACAAAACCGAGUUUGUUGCCAAACAAUACAUUUUAGAAAACAUUGCACAUUCAAAGAGCAAACAGGAAAUAAUGUUCUUCGCUUCCAGCUGGAAUUAUCAAAGAAAUAUUACUAACAAUAUUCAUUUGAAACUGGAGACGAUACUAACAGAAACUGGUCACAGGAAAAUAACGUAAUAAAUAAAUCAAUUAUAUACUGAUCAAU